GGCAGCGGGUGGAGGCAGGCGGCGAGGGGCAGGCGACUGCCGGGCGGGCCGGGGGCUGGCGGUGCGGAGCUGGGGGGGUGCCAUGAGUCCCUGCCCCGCUGCUGCCUGAGGCCAUAUGGGGGGCAAGGUGACCCGCGGGGCGCUGCACGAUUCCAUAGGUGGCUCAUUUCCAGCUUCCUCCCACCGAUGCCACCACAAGCAGAAGCACUGCCUUCCCAUCCCGCAGUGUGGAACUCUGACCAUCAGCCCUCUGCUUUUCCAUCCGCACACGAAGGGAUCCCAGAUCAUCAUGGACACAACACAGAAGGCAGUGAAACGCCAGGCUAGCUUCUGCAACGCCAUUACCUUCAGCAACAGGCCCAUCGUUAUUUACGAACAAGUCAGGCUUAAGAUCACUAAAAAACAGUGUUGCUGGAGUGGGGCUCUUCGAAUCGGGUUUACUUCCAAGGAUCCAUCAAGGAUUAACCCUGACACCCUGCCGAAGUACGCGUGCCCCGACUUGGUUUCCCAAAGCGGUUUCUGGGCCAAGGCUCUGCCAGAAGAGUUUGCCAACGAGGGGAACAUCAUCGCCUUCUGGGUGGACAAGAAGGGACGGGUUUUCUAUCGGGUGAACGACUCUGCCGCGAUGCUGUUCUUCAGUGGGGUGAGGACAGCAGAGCCCCUCUGGGCUUUGAUCGACGUCUAUGGGCUGACCCGCGGGGUGCAGCUCCUAGACAGCGAAAUCAUUCCUCCCGACUGCCUGCGGCCCCGCUCCUUCACCGCCAUCCGCCGGCCCUCGCUGCGGCAGGAGACGGAGGACGCGCGCCUCUCGGUCAGCCUGUGCGACCUCAACCUGCAGGAGGAGAGCUUCCACGUGACGGCCACCACGUGCCCCAUCCCGCAGAACUCCCUCAACUCCCAGCACUCCCACCUCCUCCCCUCCCAGCUCGAGAGCGACCUCCGCUUCCACCACCUCCGGGGAGCCCACGUCAAAAUCCUCGAUGACCAAACCGUGGCCCGCCUGGAACACGCCCGGGAGGAGAGGACUUUGGUUUUCACCAGCAGACCCCUUCGGAUCAACGAGACCAUUUUCGUCAAGAUUAACAAGUCCAAUGCCGCACGCACGGGGACGCUGUCCUACGGGGUGACGUCCUGCGACCCCAGCACCCUGCGCCCCAGCGACCUCCCCUAUAACCCUGAGUCCCUGGUCGAUCGGAAGGAGUUCUGGGCUGUCUGCCGGGUCCUGGUGUCCCUCCAGAGUGGAGACAUCUUGGGAUUUAUGGUGAAUUUGGACGGCGAGCUGCACCUGAGUCACAACGGUGCCAGCACCGGCAUGCAGGUCUGCGUGGACUCUUCCCAGCCCCUCUGGAUGUUCUUUGGUUUACACGGUGCCGUCAUGCAGAUCCGUUUGUUGGGUUCCACUAUAUUAGCCGAGCGUCUGGGGCCAUCCACACCAAGCUCACCCACGUCAACACCCAAUUCCCCGACCAUCCUCUGCAGUGGUGUCUCUGACCCCGUACUGUCGACAUGUGGCUCUGGCCCACUCUGCAGCUCUAUCAGUGGCACAGCUCCCAACUCUCCUGUCAGCUUGCCUGAGUCACCCAUCUCCCCAUCCAUCUCAGGGCCCUGGGGAGACGAAUGCACCAUCUGCUAUGAGAACAUGGUAGACACGGUCAUUUACUCCUGUGGACACAUGUGUCUCUGCUAUUCAUGUGGGCUGAAGCUCAAGAAGAUGGCCAAUGCUUGCUGUCCCAUUUGCAGACGAGCCAUCAAAGAUAUCAUCAAAACAUACCGCAGCACUUAGAGCAGCAGCAGAUGCUGUGGUGGGACUAGGGAGGUGGAGAGGAGGCUGUGAAGUAACGCAGGUCUCGGUUUCUAUUCAUCACCUGGGAGAUUCAAAAACCAUCGCCCCCCCACCACCCUGAUCCCCACUUCCAUGGACAACCAAUGACACCAGCUUAGAUGCUGCUCUUCUACCCUCCAAGCAAGCCCUGGGACUGAACUCCAGUGCAUCAGAGAAAUCACAGUGGACUACUGUCUCCUACAGAUUUUAAAUUUUAUCUCAAAACCAAACCAAAACAAACAAACAAACAAAAAAAACCAAUAGCUGGAGCAAUCAUCCCUUUUCUACACCAUGCACAGCGGAGGGGAAUGUCCGAUGUUUAGCAGGGAGAGCAAGUGGUAAAAGGUUCAGUGCUGCACC